GUACAUUAGUUCAUCCAUCAUCAAACCAUUGAUACCAUGGCUUCAAAAACUAGUUCUUCUUUCUUGGUUGGUUCUCUUUUUCUUAUGCUCAUUGUUCUUUCUACUUUUUCCGAGACGGCAUCAGCACAAAAAUUUGGUAAAACUUGCCGAGAAAAUGGCGGAAUUGUUGAGCGUGCCAGCAAACUUGUUAAGGGUGCCAGUGCCAUCAAAGCUGAAGCUUGCGAUGAAUGUAGAACUCUAUGUAGGGAGAAAUGUACCGAGGGAAGGUUUCUGUUAGAACAAAUGUUUUGCAUUAGAGCUCCAUGUCCACAGCCAAAUCCUCUACUGAAAAUUGGCGUAUGUAAGGUUAUAAGUUUCGGAAUAAGGAGAAUCGUCUCAUGCCGUUGCUGUUGCGUGGACCAUUUCAUACCCAAUUAAGCACUAUAUUUUCCUUCUCGCCGGUUUUCCUACUCGCCGAAAUAUGGAAUGUAUUUGUGUUUUCUUUUAAGUUUUUGUUGCUGGGAUUAUCGUUGUCGCUGUGUCAAUUAUACUUUGGGAUUUCCCGGACACACAAUAUGGGUGGUUUAAAGAAACCCUUCACUGCUUCAUUUCAAUGUAAAUCACCAUAAUCUCGA